CAAGCGACUAGCAGCGCUCGAGGGGGGCGUCGCUGCCCCCAGACCUUCCUGUGGGCAGGGAGGGACGGAGCCGAGCGGCGCUCCCGCCCCACGCCGGCCCGGAGGAGAGGCACCUGCCCGACCCGCCGCGCUCAGAGCCUGGCUGGCGGCCGCGGGCAGGGCACCCGGAGCCGCGCAGAGCUGCGCACCUGCUCCGAGCGCGGCUCGCUAGACUGAACGGUAGCGGGGGUCCCGCUGGCUCUCCUCAAAAAGAUAUGGAUAAGAAAACAGAUGAAGAGCAACCUCUGACUGCAUGUAGCCAGUACCCUAAAGAAGCAGUGAGGAAACGUCAGAACUCAGGUCGGGGUUCCAGGGGCAGCGAUUCUUCCAGGACCUCCAGGAAAAGCUUCAGGUUGGACUACAGAUUAGAAGAGGAUGUCACUAAAUCAAAGAGAGGCAAAGAUGGGAAGUUUGUUAACCCGUGGCCAACGUGGAAAUCACCAACCUUUCCAAAUGUUUUGAAAUGGUCCUUCAUGGAAAAAAAUAACAGCAAUGUGCCAUGCUCGAAGCAGGAACUGGAUAAAGUGCUUCCGGUGUUAACACCUUACUUUGUUCAAAAGCCAGAACUUGCUGGGAAGACAGGAACCGGUCUGCGAGUCACGUGGCUGGGACAUGCUUCCGUUAUGGUGGAAAUGGAUGAACUUAUAUUCCUUACUGACCCCAUCUUCAGCCAGCGAGCUUCCCCCACUCAGCUGGUGGGUCCCAAGCGCUUCCGAGGACCUCCGUGCACCGUAGAGCAGCUCCCCAAGAUAGAUGCAGUCAUGAUCAGCCACACUCACUAUGAUCACUUGGACUACAACACUGUAAUGAGUUUGAAUGAGCGUUUUGGGAGUGAGCUGCGCUGGUUUGUGCCUCUAGGGCUGUUGGACUGGAUGCAGAGAUGUGGUUGUGAGAAUGUGAUAGAACUGGAUUGGUGGGAAGAGAACUGUGUCCCUGGUCAUGAUGCGGUAACUUUUGUCUUCACCCCUUCGCAACAUUGGUGCAAAAGGACUGUGAUAGAUGAUAACAAGGUUCUUUGGGGCAGCUGGUCUGUCUUAGGACCAUGGAACAGGUUUUUCUUUUCAGGAGAUACUGGAUAUUGUGUUGCUUUUGAACAGAUAGGCAAAAGGUUUGGACCUUUCGAUCUUGCAGCCAUCUCCAUUGGAGCGUAUGAGCCAAGGUGGUUUAUGAAAUACCAGCAUGUGGAUCCUGAAGAAGCAGUAAGAAUCCACAUUGAUGUUCAAGCAAAGAAGUCUGUAGCAGUUCACUGGGGGACCUUUGCUUUAGCAAAUGAGUAUUACCUAGAUCCUCCAGUUAAACUGAACGAAGCUCUUGAAAGAUACGGCUUGAAAAAAGAUGACUUCUUUGUCUUAAACCAUGGAGAAUCACGGGACUUGAGUACAAAUGAUGGGUUUGAAUAAAGAAACAGCAGCAGAUCCCUGUAAGCCCUGUUUGAUUUGAGCUAACAAUUAAUGCUACAAAUAUUACUAGGAUGUACUUGCAAAGUAGAUUUUUUGGGGGGUGAAUUGGAUUUAUAGAUGCUGGGUUUGUUGGCUACAGAACUAAAACUUGCAUACCAAUUCCAUGCUAAAUUUCACUAGUUAUAUUGCUUAUAAAUUUUGAGGUGAUCGAAGAACUGGUUAAUAUGUAAGGUAUUGUCUGGGAAUAACUUGUGGUUUCAACUGUUGUGUACACCACUGAUAAAUUACUGGGGUUUCGGGGGCUUUUUUGAACUCUUCAUCUUACCUGCAGCAGCAAUAAUAACCUCAGUGCAGGACAUACUCUUAGAGUUAAUGGCUGACUUGAACUAGUUUUUGUUAGAAUGUCAUCUCCCACUUGUUGGUCAUUAAUCUUCAGGUUAUGCCCUGUACCUCGAUAGCUUCACUGUAUGUUUUGUGGGGUGGAGUCUUCCAAUACAGCUGUGUUGUUAAGCACAAGCACAGUAAAAGAAUUAUUUUACUGACUGCUUCUACAUUUUCAUAUACUGACGAACCACAAAAGCUGCAUUUUACAGUGAUCUAAAGAAACGUGCCUUUCAGAGACAGACAUAGUUUAAUAUUGUGUCACUCGUGUAACACUUAACUGCUGGCCAGAGUAUUCUUUGUUUUGUCAAUGUUUUUAAGUUAGGCUGGAAUGUGUCUAAAGUAAUUUUCUUGUUAAAUGCAGUACAUGAAAUGGAAGAAUUCCUUAAUAGCACUUGUCUUUACAUUGACUCAGCCUAUUACUAAGUACUUUUAAGUGAAAUAUCUUUAGCAAGGGCUGUGGUAUUUUUUUUUCUUAUGGCUUCCCUGUAAUUUUUAAGUUGAAUGAGAGAUGACAACAUUGCUCACUAUUGUAAAACUUGGCUAAAUGUAUCUGAAUCAAAUUGCCAUGCUAAUUUACAGAAUUAAAGCCUAUUAUUGCCAAUAAAAAGGGUUGUUAUUCUCCUUCA